AUGAAGACUCACGCUGCAUCUGGCAAAAUUCACCAACAUUGCAGCACCAAGUGUCCUGCAUAUGCCGUAGGUAUCCCCAGCUCCGGAAAGGGCAAGCAGAAGGUCUUCGACAAGGAAGCCAGGGUGGACAUAGUCGAUGCAACGGUGAAGGACCUAAGGCAAUGUUUAACGGAGGAGAAAAUGGAGGAAUUUGUGGAUUACACUUUGAAAUAUGCGGCCAACACUUCCCCCGGAUACCUACAGGCAAAAAAAUGCCAAAUGUUUCUGGAACAAGUGAAGUCGGGGAAGGAAGAGUAUCCACUACCAGCUGCAGACAUCAUUGACGGAGCUGGUGGGAGCGGCAUCAAUCAAGAGGAAGUCGAAGAAGGACUAGCAGAGGUGCAGGAUGACGGCUCUACCGCGAUGAAUGUGGAUGACCCUGCCCCGGAGGCUCAUCCCCAGCGUAGACUCAGGAUCGUCUUCAUCGAAGAACCUAUGCUCCGUUUGGACCACAACAACGUCCCAGAGCAAAAAUGGCCGUAUGACGCAGAGCCUGGUGGGGUUGCCCACUGGAUAUCGUACGAGCUGCGCGAGGGGUUGUUUCGGGUGGCCAAGAGACACUUCCCGGGUCACAUAUUCCUGUCCACAGACCCAGAGGCACUCCAGGUGCGUCGCGAUGCCGAAAAGGAGCUUGGCGCCAUGAUGUGGGACUGGAUGCUCCUACCCCUCUACGUCAUUCAGCACCAACACGACAUGUUCUCAGUGCGAUUUUUACGAUACUCGGAGUUCAUCGACGCCAUUCUGCACCCCGAGGAGGACAAAAACGAACAGGUGUGGAGGAUGCUUUGCACCUGCGAUCUUGUCGUCGGUGGAGUGGACUUCACGGACAACUAUGCGCGUAAGGAGCUCCUCGAUGCUGACAAAGGCAAGGUGGAUCAGUACCGGGCUCGGAUGGCCAUCCUGCAGAGGUGCACGGUCGUGUGGCCCGACCCUGAAGAGACGUUCCUGUAUGGUGCAAAGAUCCCCCUCAUCGAAAACCUCGACAAGGCGGCUGCAAAUGUGACCAAAACCCCUCGGCCAUGGACCUCCUGUGUGAGCGUCGGAGGGGCUGUAGGGCACAAUGAGAUCAUCAAGCGUGGUCAUAGCGGGUGGGGCAACCACGUUUCUCCCCCUUCUGCUGGGGACUCGAAGACUCGCUGGAACAGUUUGGUCCCCGACAAGGACAAGGCUGUGGAGGAGCAGUGGUUCGGCCGGUCAUGGUUCCGCCAGCAGUUCAUCCCCACUCUGGUGGAGUUAGGGGAGAUGAGGUGCUUGUUCUUCGCUGGGAAGCUCACCCACAUCACACACACUGUCAAGCAGAAGGACUCAGACCGGACUGACUCCGAUCCUGUUACGACCACUGUGCCUUUGAAGCACAUCCCCACCAUCUUAGCUGCCAAGAGGAAGGACGGCCACGCCUCUCUUGCGUACGCAUGGGUCAACAGCGAAAGCCUUGCGGCUAACUUUCAGGAUGAAGGCCGCAAGGAGCUGGAAACGUUCGCCAACACAACCUUCAACACGCUCGUUGAUCUGGAGAAGAGUGCCUCACCUACCGGCUCCUCGGACCUCACCCUCUUUGCCCGGAUGGAUAUCGGCCUCAUUGACGACGGUGCAGGCGGGUUCCAGUACUUUGUGAAUGAAGUAGAGCGCAGCUGGGGCACUACGUUGUUCGGCUUCAGGGACCCCCUCCCUCUUGUGCAGGCCAUGCACGGCUUUGGGGAGGGGCUUGCCCGAUGGACCAGAGAAAAACGCGCCAGAGUUCUCCAGACCAUGGUGCCUCCCCCCUCUUGUGUCCAAGCGUAG